GGUAAGUUUCAUAGGCUGCCGAAAGAAUUUGAAUUUCCCAGUAUCGAUCCACUCGGCGCGUGGAUAUUGUGGUGGUUUGGCGAUGCGAGUCGUGGCUAUCCUCCGUACAAAGCUAUCUCCUCGGACGAUCUCGACACGCCAAAUAAGAAAGCGACUUUGUCGGAGUGGUCUAUC